UUCACUUUUCUCGGGACUCCCUCUUUCAAACUCCUUCUUUACCUUUUUGCUUUUCUCAACAAAUCAAAUCAAUUCACUAAUCUCUUCUUCUCAAUCCAGGAUUUCUCAUUCCCGACCCACAAUUUCCUUCAUUGUAUGCAUUUCGGGAUUUUCUAAUUAUUCACUGAUCGGUGCUUUUCUGCGGCUAGAUUGAUUGAGGUAUGAAGUGAAUUUGUUUGUGAGAGGAAUUAGGGAUUUGCUUUUUUGAGGGGGAAGGUAAUGCCGGGAUUUGCGUUGGGUACAAUGGAGGAGUUCGACUCGAAGCUGAGGAUUGAGGACAAGAGCGAUAGCAGUAGCGAUUCUCAGAGAUCUAAGGCCUUUCCUUUUAGGGCACCGCAGGAGAAUUUCAGCAUCCAGGACUUCGAAUUGGGGAAAAUUUAUGGCGUCGGGUCGUACUCCAAGGUUGUCAGGGCGAAGAAGAAGGACACGGGAAAUGUUUAUGCAUUAAAGAUUAUGGAUAAGAAAUUCAUCACAAAGGAAAAUAAAAUUGCUUAUGUGAAGCUGGAGCGCAUAGUAUUGGACCAAUUGGAUCAUCCUGGUGUGGUGAGGCUGUUUUUCACUUUCCAAGAUACUUUUUCACUCUACAUGGGGCUUGAAUCUUGCGAUGGUGGCGAGCUUUUCGACCAAAUUAUUAGAAAAAGCCGUUUGCUUGAAGACGAGGCACGUUUCUAUGCAGCUGAAGUUGUGGAUGCUCUUGAAUACAUACACAGCAUGGGAUUGAUUCAUCGAGAUAUUAAGCCGGAGAAUCUGCUGCUUACAGCUGAUGGGCAUAUCAAGAUUGCUGAUUUCGGCAGUGUAAAGCCCAUGCAAGGGAGCCGAAUAACCGUACUUCCCAAUGCAGCAUCGGACGAUAAAGCGUCCACCUUUGUUGGGACAGCUGCUUAUGUACCACCGGAAGUUCUGAAUUCCUCCCCAGCAACUUUUGGGAUCGAUCUUUGGGCUCUCGGCUGCACAUUGUACCAAAUGCUUUCUGGGACUUCUCCUUUCAAAGAUGCAAGCGAAUGGCUGAUUUUCCAGCGAAUUAUUGCUAGAGAUAUCAGAUUUCCAAAUUACUUCUCAGCAGAAGCUCGAGAUCUCAUCGAUCAGUUAUUGGACAUGGAUCCAACUCGGCGACCAGGGGCAGGGCAUGGAGGUUUUGCCCCGCUCAAAAACCAUCCCUUUUUCAAGGGGAUCGAUUGGAAAAACUUGCGGACUGGAAAGUCACCGAAACUUGCUUUAGAGCAAACAGCUCACUCUACCGAAGGUGAAGAUCAAGAUUCUUCGUGGAACCCUUCACAUGUCGGUGACUACUCACCGCAAGUAAAUGAUGUUUAUGCUGGUGCUGCAUCGGCUUCUGAAGCCGAGAACAUAACUAAGCUUGCUUCGAUUGAUUCAUUCGAUUCAAAUUGGAAGCAAUUCUUGGAGCCUGGAGAAUCGGUUCUCAUGAUAUCCAAUGUCAAGAAAUUACAGAAGCUGACGAGCAAAAAAGUCCAACUCAUUCUCACGAAUAAACCAAGGCUAAUUUAUGUCGACCCCGCAAAAUUGGUGGUCAAAGGAAAUAUAAUAUGGUCUGACAAUUCUAACGGUCUCAGCAUUCAAGUCAUGAGCCCUUCGAAUUUCAAGAUUUGCACGCCGAAGAAAGUCCUGUCAUUCGAGGAUGUGAAACAAAGGGCACACCAGUGGAAGAAAGCAAUCGAAGGCCUUCAAAACCAGUGAAUAAUUUUCGAUUAUGAUGUUGAUGUUCGCAUAAAUUGGGGAUUAUUACAAUGGCUGGCAAAGGAUCACGCCAUCAACUAGUCCCGGGUAAGUCAUUCGUUUUAUGUCUACAGAAAGUCCGAAGCUGGAUUAUUUUUUUGUAUUGUACCGUGUUUUUUGUUUUAGAAAAAAGUCUGAAAUUUACACGAGAUUUUCGAUCACCAUUUUUUAAAGAUAUAUAUAGAUAGAUUGUCUUUUAAUUUUAAUUUUUGGAUUAUUUUAGUGCUGGCUUGUGUCUUUUUCAUUGGAUGUUGUAGGAGUUUGAAUUUAUAUUGCCUUUAAGGCAUUAGCUUCAAACUUGUUCGAAAUUGUGGGCAUUUUUUUUUUUCCAAAAAAUAAUGAUGUGUAAAUAUACAAGA